AUGAAAACAAUCAUAUUUUUGUGUUUGUUAAAUUAUGCUCUAGGAGAUUUAUAUCCUAAUAAUAAUGUUUGCCCUACAAUAUUAGAUUAUAAUACCAUUUAUGUUAACGACAGAUGUUGGUAUGAUCCCGAUGUGACAGCCUCAGUACCUGAAAUUAUUAGUAACCAUGGAUUGAGUUCCACGUCUUACAAUGUAACCACAUGGGAUGGAUACACCAUAGAAAUAUUCCGAAUCAUAUCGCCGUUCACAACCACCAAAGGCUCGAUUUUAUUUUUUCCUGGCCUUUCCAGGGACUGCAGAAGUUUUCUUUUGCAAGGGGCCAACUCAUCGGCCAUUUAUUACGCCAAUAAAGGCUGGGAUGUCUGGUUGGGAAACCUGAGGGGUUCAGAGUAUUCCAGUAAUAUUCACUUCACCAAGGAUGAUGAUGCGUUUUGGAAUUAUAGUUUCCAUGAGAUGGGAACCAUAGAUAUGCCAUCGCAAGUCGAUAAAAUCGUAGAAAUUACGCAAAAUACCAGCGAUAUUUACAUCAUAGGUCAUACUAUGGGUAACACUGUGAGUUUUGUGUAUUGUUCAACGAAUGUUAGCCAUUGUCAGAAAAAUGUCAAAGGGAUUAUUGCGCUAGCUCCAACGGCGAAUAUGUUUAUGAUUAAGUCGCCUUUAAUAUAUGUUUGUUUUAGCUUAUAUUGAAUCUAAAAGGUGUACCAAAAAUCUCAACUGAUUUUUUUGAAAUAUGCCAAAAUGCCCCUGGAAUUGGCCUUUGCGAUGUGGGUUUUCAAACGAUUUUAGGACCUAGUAAUCCGAACCCAUUCCCACAAAUGUUACCAAUCUUUACGCACACUGGAAACGGUGCUUUAGUUACAAAGGUUAUAAACCAUUAUGCCCAAAUAAUAAAUGGUCUGGGCAAGUUUAGGUGGUAUGAUUAUGGUUUUUUGGAGAAUUUAAGUCGAUAUGGGACCUCUGAUCCUCCUUUCUAUGUUACUUUAAAAAUACCUGUCCACACAACUCUUAUUUCUGCCAACAACGAUUUUAUUGCAGUCGAACCAGAUAUUGAGGUACUCUAUUCCUUACUUGAACCAACAAAAAGGACAUGGUUUAAGGUACCAGAAAAUUCAGCUCCAGACAUGUUAAUCAGUCAUUUAGAUUUUGUAAUUGGUGCAGAUGUUCCUAGGCAACAAAUUUACUCAAAAAUAAACGCUGCUUUAGGUGAUGAAUAA